AUGGUGUAUGAGUUUGUGCUUGAGCACCAACCCGAAGCUGUGGGUACGGCGGUUCUUAACGUAAUUCCGAAGGUGCGCCAGCCGCCCAAGAAGUCAGAUGGUGACGUGCAGGAAUAUGCCCUUGCGCGCACCCAAGUGCCAAACCAAUGCGCUGAUGGCGGGGCUCAGUGGACAGGGGUAGAACCGGGUCCUUCUAUCACUUUUCUGCCACAGCAUAUUCCGAACAUACAUUUCCAAGAGCGGCAACAGCAGAAGCAGCCAUCGUUGCGCGUUGGUGGCGUCGCUGUCUGCGCUGACGUGGGCCAGGAAGGGCUUGGCAGCAACGCGAACCCAGUCAUGCACGGCAACUUCGGCACAAAAUCGCCGAUUGGAGGCCCGCCGAAAACCACUACUCUCCGGAAGACACGGACGAAUAAGCCAUACACCAGCCUUGUUCCGUUCUCCCCUGAGGAGGAGGAGCAAGAGGGGAAAUACCGGAGGGAUUUUGGACACGUUCGACCUAGUGAACAGGAGCUGAUGAAGGGGCAACAGCAGUGCUUUUUGGGUCUUUAUCAACGCCAAAAGGAACAAAGAGGUUCGCCAAAUUGGAACCAGCAGGUCCAAGUGCUUAGUAGUGUGAAACAAGCACCUCAGUCGGAUUACAAAAUACAGGUGGGCAGUAACAGUUGUUCCAACCUUACCGCUCUGUCUUCGGUACCAAGUGAGUGCUCUCCUGUACCGAAACCGCAAGUGCUGCAACAACAGAUGAGUCCACCUCCGUAUUUUGGUCCACAGGAGGACCUGCAUGGUUGGCUUCCUGGAGAUGGUAUGCGGAGUAACCACAGCAGCCACAUACCAAGUGGGUCCAUGCAAAUGAAGUCACGGUGUCGUGGUGGUGUGAACGUUGUAGGCAACGCUUUGAACCCUCAGGAGUACGGCAGGAGCAUGUCCACAAACUCUGGUCCGCAGCCGCUGGUAGGGGUGGUGCCCAAUCAACGACAAGAACAACAACAGUUGCAGUGGUGUGAGUGGCAAGGGGCACCCGGACCGCAUGCAAUGGUUCCUUCUGAGUCAGUGAUGCCACCGCAGGCAACCAACUCCGCGAUGCCACAACAUGUACCCGCCUAUUAUCCUCCACCAGGUGACGGCGGUUUCUCCGCUUUCCCCCAGGGCAAUCGGACGCCUCAACACAGCGACCCGUCGUGUAUGUCCAUGAGUCCCACACCAGCGUGCGGGCCGUUUCUACAAGACCGCUGGGCCCAUCCACGAGUCGUGAACGAACCACAAGUGCAGUGGCACCCUGCACCCAUGCCCUACCCUCUUCCGCCGUCAUACAACAGUGAGGGUAGUCGGCCAUCAAGCCUCUCUGUCUCGGUGGAGCCGUCUGCAUACAACAUGGAAUACCAUGACAACCAAAGACAUAUUAUGCAUCAUCCAAACUCACAAUGGGGUGGGGGUUGUGACGGGCCGAGGUUAACAGCAGCAACGCCCGGCUAUCCAUCACGUCGUGGGGGGCAUGACGUGAUGCGAUGCCCUCAGUUUGUGCCACCACGUGGACCUGUCGCCCAAUGGGCGAUGGAAAGGACUAUCGGACAGGACAUGCAUCCGUCUUAG